UGUCAACAUAAUAUUAUUGUAUAGUAUCAUUGAACAAAGCGAUAUGGAGCCUCAGAAUCUCGAAGCGAUUGGAAUAAUCGCGUUUGAUGGUAUAACGAAGAACGCUCUACACUUGCAUCCGGAUGAAAAGCACAUCCUCUAUCCGAUGGGCCUUAAGGUUGCUAUAAAGAACAUCGAAACUGGCAAACAACGAUUCCUCAGCGGUCACACGAACAAUGUUUCGACAUUGUGCGUUUCUCCAUGCGGCGAAUAUAUUGCUUCUGGUCAAAACAAUCAUCUUGGUUUCAAGGCUAUGGUAAUCGUAUGGAAUUAUAAGGAAGGCACGAUAAAAAGCAGUUACGAGACGCACAAAGUCAGCGUCGUGGAUUUGUGUUUCACCAGCAACAGCGAUUUCCUCGUAAGUCUCGGCGGCAAGGACGACGGAAACUUAAUCAUCUGGGAUGUCCGGAAAAGUUCUCUUAUUUGCGGAUCGUUCGCCAGCAAUGACAUAAGCGGCGAUGCAUAUAAUAUCGCAAGGACGCAUCUUCACGACAAAUGUUUCGUUACCUCAGGCGAUAGGACAUUGAAGAUCUGGUGGAUCGAGACAGAGAAGCGCAAGAUGCACGGGAUCGACAUGGAAGUGGGCAAAUUGAAGCGCAUCAUCAACUGCAUCGCCGUGGACGAGAGAGAUGAGAUCGUUUAUUGCGGCACUUCUUCCGGUGAUAUUAUUAAAGCAAGGUCACAUAGAACAUAUAUUUGCAGUGUCUAUUAUUUAAUUAAGAUUUAUCUUUUAAUCGUGGUAUUGUGCUUCAUCUUCCAUCAAGCGGAGAAUGUAUGCAGUGCCGUAAUGUCCAUGAUUCUAUAUAUGAACGAGUUCGUGUUGAUUGGGACAUCUUGGUGCGAGAUCUAUCAAAUUCAACUGUCAAAUUUUCACAUGCGUCUACUCAUCACCUCUCACACUAGUUGUAUAUAUAGCAUUGCAUUUCCACGCAAUCAUUCGAAAAUAUUUGCAACAGGCAGUAAGAACGACAUCAGACUGUGGCAAUUGGAAAAGCAGAAGGAGAUAAUUCGUAUCACCGUAGCGAAUUUCGUUUGCUCUAGUUUACAAUUUGCGUGCAAUGAUCAAGUGCUAUUUUCCGCUUGGAAUGAUGGUAUAAUAAGAGCGUUUAGGCCACAUAACGGGGAAUUCUACUUUUCCAUUCAUAACGCACAUACGAAAGCAGUGUCGACGAUUGCAGUCACAAGCGACGACACAAAGUUGAUUAGUGGUGGCUGCGAUGGCCAGGUGCGUAUUUGGGAUAUAAAAUGUAAUGUACGACGGUUAAUUAGUAUUCUGAAAGAACAUCGUGGCCCGAUAACAUCCUUACACAUUUCGAGCAACAAUGAGAACUUGAUCAGUUCGAGUACAGACGGCACGUGUGUCAUCUGGGAUAUAACACGCUGCAUUAGGAAAUAUAUUCUCAUGGGGAACACGAUGUUCAUGACGGCGCAAUUCACACCGGAUGGCAUUCAAAUCUUGACGUGUGGUACAGAUCGAAAGAUCGCCUACUGGGAAACUCUGGAUGGCUCGUUGGUGCGUGAAAUUGAAGGUUCCAGCAUCGGAACGAUGAAUUGCGUCGAUAUCAGCUCAGAUGGACAAUACUUUGUCACUGGAUCUAACGAUUGCACUGUCAAGAUCUGGGAAUACGACAAUGCGGAUCUCAUCUAUAUCGGUACUUCGCACGCCGCAAUAAUCACAGCGUGUAAAUUCAGCGCGGAUGGCAACUAUAUAGUAACGGCCAGUGCUGACGGUGCGAUUAUGAUUUGGAAAUGUCCGUCAGUGAAAGAUUUCAAGUUUGCAGACGAAAAAGCAUCUGGUCCCGCACACAGCUUGCCUAGUGGAGAUAGAAAUAAAUUAUCUUCACAAAAAGCGGAAAAUGAAGAAGGCGUCAUAGUGAAUCGGACUGUACAAUCCUCCAAAACAUCCACUUCGUCAUGUUUAAAUGAUCAAAAGCUAUUGUCUGCUGUCUCCGAUCAGAGUAAAGGAUCUAAAAAAGAAAUUCAUGAAGAAAGAAUAUCCGUUUGCAAGUGCGCGUCGCUGAGUUCAAUGAACUCCAAAUUAAGCACAUGUAUACCGAAAUGUCGAUGUAAGGACAAAAAGAGCGACGGAUCAUCCAAUAAAGCGAAGACGCCGGAAAAACCGAAGGAAUUUUCGGAUUCGGACAAUAAAAAGUUUAUUACAUCAAAGACAUAAUAUAUGAUCAUUUUAUCAGGCUGACUUAUUUAUACUCCAAUAUCGCUACAUUGAAAGAAUGAUGAUGUACAUGAUAUAUAAUAAAACCAUGACAUCUUUGU